CUCCUCCUCCAACGACAAAAGGACGCCGAGUCCCGCGCUGCAGCGAGGCUUGAGUGAGGGACUGCCUGGCAACAUCAUGCCCAACUUCUCUGGCAACUGGAAAAUCAUCCGGUCCGAAAACUUCGAGGACUUGCUUAAAGUCCUGGGAGUGAAUGUGAUGCUGAGGAAGAUCGCGGUGGCGGCUGCAUCCAAGCCCGCAGUGGAGAUCAAGCAGGAGGGAGAUACCUUCUACAUCAAAACCUCCACCACCGUGCGUACCACUGAGAUCAACUUCCAGAUCGGCGAGGAGUUUGAGGAGCAGACGGUGGAUGGGAGGCCUUGCAAGAGCCUGGUGAAGUGGGAGAGCGAGAAUAAAAUGGUCUGUGAGCAGAGGCUUCUCAAGGGCGAAGGCCCCCGGACCUCCUGGAGCAGAGAACUGACCAACGACGGCGAGCUCAUUCUGACCAUGACCGCCGAUGACGUCGUGUGCACCAGGGUCUACGUCCGAGAGUGAGAGGCCCCGGAUUGCUGGGGCCUGAGCCUGCUACCAGCCUCGCCCCUGCUCAGCGCCCCACUGCCCCCUCCCGCCCUUCUA